UCCGUGUCGUCGACUUCCGGCCGCCGCCAUCUUGCUAACGCGGAAGCCCCGGGGUGGGUAGGAGUCCGGGCCGGGGGCGCGGACGGUGCGGCCGGCGCGAUGCCUUCGUCGCCGCUGCGUGUGGCGGUGGUAUGUUCCAGUAACCAGAACCGGAGCAUGGAGGCGCACAACAUCCUCAGCAAGCGAGGAUUCAGCGUCCGGUCCUUUGGAACAGGAACUCACGUGAAGCUCCCAGGACCAGCGCCCGACAAGCCCAAUGUCUAUGAUUUCAAAACCACAUAUGACCAGAUGUACAAUGACCUACUCAGGAAAGACAAAGAACUCUACACGCAGAAUGGAAUUUUGCAUAUGUUGGACAGAAAUAAGAGAAUCAAGCCUCGGCCAGAGAGGUUCCAGAACUGUAAGGACCUGUUUGACCUGAUCCUGACCUGUGAAGAGAGGGUCUAUGACCAGGUGGUGGAAGAUCUGAAUUCCAGAGAACAGGAGACCUGCCAGCCAGUGCAUGUGGUCAACGUGGACAUUCAGGACAACCACGAGGAGGCCACCCUGGGGGCCUUCCUCAUCUGUGAGCUCUGUCAGUGUAUCCAGCACACGGAGGACAUGGAGAACGAGAUCGACGAGCUGCUGCAGGAGUUCGAGGAGAAGAGCGGUCGGGCCUUCCUGCACACGGUGUGCUUCUACUGACCCCACCCGGCCUCCUGGACGUGUCUGCGGGGUGCCGGUGUUGCCCUCGUGCAAUGCGGAACCAGGAGGGCGGACCGCGUGCCAGUGUCUCCACCCCCUUCCACGGAGAAAGACGGUUCACGCACGCCUGCGUGCCUGUCCGGGCCGCGCCCCCACCUGCAGAUUGUGCGCGUACCUGAGCAACCGCGGCCGAGCCCUGGCCGGAGGGGCCUGGAGUCGCCCAAUAAACGAAAUGCUGCUAG